AUGUGGUUUAGCCUUGAUAAAAAACAAGAUAAUAAUUUAACUGAUGACUCUAUUAAUUACAACUCUAUUAAUUACAACUCUAGCCAAGAAAUGAAUAUUUCCAAAAUUGUUAUUAAUAGCACAAAUAAAAAUGACAAAGAUUCCCUCACAGAAACAACAAUUAAUGAUAAUAAUGUCAACAAGGAUGAUUUUUAUACCACUGACAUUGAGUUUGGUGCUAAUGGUCAUUCAGAUUCCAAUGACUCUGAUACCUAUGAAGAAGAUGGUUUACCAGAUGAUCUAAAGGAAAUUCCUAAAAUUGUCCGUGAAGUUGUAACUUUUAAAGAUAAUCCUGAGGAAGUCUGUUUUAGUUUGAGAGUCAUUUUUCUUUCAAUCAUAUUUAUUUUGCCCGGAGCAUUUUUAGACACUAUGAAUUCUUAUCGUACCACCUCCGCUGCUUAUUCCAUAUUUUUUGUUCAAAUUUGUUCAUACUGGUUUGGCGAAUGGUUAGCUAAAAUUGUCCCAAACUAUUCUUUCAACGUGCCUUAUUUUACUAUCGGAAAAGAUUUUAAAAUAGUUGUAAAAUUUUUAAAAGUUGAAACCAAUCCUGGUCCCUGGUCAAUCAAGGAAAACGUUUUAAUUACGUUAGCUGCUGCCUCGGGUGCCACCUCAAAUCAAGGUACCACGCCAAUUUCUUUGGCUGAAGCAUUUUACGGCGACAGAGUUAACCCAGCAGUGGCCAUAUUUUUCAUGUGGUGUAUUAAUUUGAGUGGAUAUGCUUUAUCUUAUCUAGCUAGAAACUUUCUCAUUUAUGAUCCACAAUUUAUUUGGCCACAAGCUUUAAUGCAAACCACCUUGUUCAAUAAUAUGAAAAAACAGGAAGAUGUUACUGAUGAUACUAAAAGCAACGUUGUUACUCAAAAAAAUAAAACUUAUGAGAAAAAAAAACGUAUGAGAUGGUUUUUCCUUUGUGUCAUAGGCAUGUGUCUGUGGGAAUUCCUACCGGAAUAUGUUUGGCCAAUGCUUUCUUCAUUAUCUUUUUUGUGCUGGGUUGCGCCAGAAAAUUAUGUAGCUAACUUUGUCGGUGGUGGUUUAGGUGGUAUGGGCUUGUUAAACGUUUCAUUGGAUUGGUCAAAUAUUACUUCAUCCGUGUUAUUAAGUCCAUAUUGGACCAUAUGUGUUCAAUUUGUUGCAUUUGUCUUUGGAUGUUGGGUUUUGAUUCCCGCUGCUAAAUGGGGUAAAAUGCACUCCAAGGAAUUUGGUAGUAAAGGUUUAAUGUCAAACUCAUUAUUUUUACAAAAUGGUACUAAAUAUCCAACCAGUGAAAUUUUGAUUUAUAGCAAGCAUGGGUCGACACAACAAGUUUCAUUAAAUCAAACAAAAUAUGAAGAGUUGGGUCCAAUUUUUAUUGGUGCACAAAAUGCUUGGAUAAUGUUUUUCGAUUAUGCUGCCUUUAUUAGCAGUUUCACUUGGAUUGCCCUUUUCGGUAGAAAGCAGUUGGUCGCCAACUUCCAUAAACUAAAGGUGAUUUUCAAAAAAAAUAGUUCUAGGAAACCAUCAGAUAAUAUUAAUCUGCAAUAUUCAGAUAGACUAAAUAAAAUUCAAUCCAAGUAUGAAGAGGUUCCAUUUUGGUGGUUUGCCAUUUUAAUGGCAACAACUUUUAUUAUUUUAAUAUUUAUAUUUGCCUUAAAUGAAAUGUUUAUUCCAUGGUGGUCAUAUUUUGUCGCAUUAGGUAUUGGAUCAUUGAUUGUGAUUCCAUUAUCAUAUCUAUACGCCAUUUCCAAUUUCCAGCUUGCAAUUGGUUCAUUUGAUGAAUUAAUCUACGGCUCCAUGGUGGAAAAUUUAAAAACUUAUAAACAUCCAGCUUCAGCAUCAACCUACGGUGCUUUAAGUGGCGAUAUGUGGUAUCGGGCACAAUAUAUUUUACAAGACCAAAAAAUUGGCCAUUACAUGCAUAUACCACCAAAAUAUGUGUUCCUAUCACAAAUUUUGGGUCAAAUAAUUGGUGUUCCUAUGAAUUACGGUACUUUAAGAUGGAUUCUAAACAACAAAAUAGACUAUAUUACGGGGGCAAAAGCUGAUCCAUUACAUCAGUGGACGGGCCAAAGCUUGACAUCAUACAACACCAAAGCAGUUUUAAUGAUUAUUGUUGGUCCCACAAAUUUUUUUAAACAAGGGAGUAAUAAAGUUAUUCCUUUUGGGUUUCUGGUAGGUGCAUUAGCUCCAGUAUUGAUAUAUUGUUUGCAUAGGAAAUGGCGUAAAUUUGGAUUUAAUUACUGGAAUGUCACCAUUUUCUGUUCCACAAUGGCUAAUUUUUAUGGGAACAUGUCCACUGGAUUUUUCACUCAAUUUGCAGUAGGAUCCUUUUCUAUGUAUUACUUGUACAAUUUCAAGCAUACUCUAUGGAAAAAUUAUAAUUAUUUAACUGCAGCUGCCUUUGAUACCGGUUACAAUUUAGCUGUCCUAUUGAUUUUUAUUAUUUUUAGUUCUGGUAAAAUUAUUGAGAUGCCAAACUGGUGGGGUAACAAUGCCGAUUCAGUAGAAAGAUGUUUCGCUUUAAAUAAAAGUUAA